UCUCUCUCUCUCUCUCUCUCUCUCUCCUUCUCUGCCAAUUACAAACCAAGGAGGAGGGAGCCCCCACACGGCCACCUUAGCCAAUCUGCACGAAGCGCCCGCCUUCUUUCACCCCCCCCCUCCCGCCGCCCUUCUUCUCCGCCCAGCAUUCCUCCCGUCCCCCUCGGAGCCUUCCCCCCCCUUCCCUCCCCUCCCCUCUUCGAGGCAGGGUCGCUACUUUGGUAGGACGGGCGUAAAAGCGCCCCGAGAGCCGAUCUCUCGCGGGCUUUGGGGCUGCUGCCGAGUGCUGGGAGAGGGAUCCUUCGGCUCUUCUUUGCCUGGCUCUUCUCCCUCCCUCUCUCUUCCCCAGCAUCUGCGAAGAUCCCCUCCCCUCCUCUCCUUUCCCCGCCAGGGAGGCCCGGGUGAGCGGGCUGGCAAGCCGGAUCCGCAGGAAGCGGUCACAUCCUCUGGCUCAACGUCCUUCCCGCGAGUGGUCCCUCUCUCCUUCCCUCGCCCACCCAUCUCUCUCUCUCUCUCUCUCUCUCUCUCUCUCCCCACACCGGCUUCAGCGCACCCACUCUCCGGGUCCCCGCCUCUCCGGGUGCUGCGCGGAGAAAGAUCGCGUGGAAAGGAAAGCCGCACACGUGGGUCGGGGAAGCCAGCUGUUGCUGUGGAUCGUCCCCCGCCCCCUCACCUCGCGCCAGCUGUGGAAUGAAGGCUAAACCCUCAGAUGGAUGGACCACUGGUGAAAGGUGAGGGCAGAUCCUGGGAAUCCUUGGGACCGAGUGCUAGACUGAAGAAGGGAGUAGAAAGGAUUCGAGAUAUCAAGCUGGAUUCUUCCUCCUUCCGGGAUAGAUUGUCUGCCAGAGCGCAUGGUAAUGAAGAAAAGCGAUUGCUUAGAGUAAAGACUGAAAAAAAGAAGGAGGAUCCGGAAUUUGAGAUGGAACUUUCUGCAGGGGGAAAACUGCUGGGUCCUGCAUCUUCACAAGGUCCCUUGGCUCAGGAAGAGAUGAAGGUGGAAUCUGAGGAGCAGACUGUACAAGAGUUUGAGGUGCAGAAAAUCACAAUUCCAAUGGAGGGUUCGUCUUCCUCUUUGCACCCAAACACUUGUGGCGUGUGCGGGAAAAGUUUUAGCCGCCGUUCGAACCUGGCCAAGCACCAGAUCAUCCACACAGGAGAGAAGCCGUACCGUUGCAAUGACUGCGGCCGCAGCUUCAACCAGAGCUCGGCACUCACCAAGCACCAGCGGACGCACACUGGGGAGCGCCCCUAUGUCUGCAGCGACUGUGGCAAGGCUUUCACCGCUAGUUCCAACCUCCUCCAACAUCGGCGUUUCCACACCGGGGAACGGCCCUAUCGUUGUGAAUUGUGCGGCAAGGCCUUCUCUCAAAGUUCCAACUACAACCUGCACCGGCGCGGCCACACAGGGGUUACACCUUACCAGUGCAGUGUGUGCGGUAAGCGAUUUACCGGGAGCUCAUGCCUUACUCGCCACCAGCGGACUCACACUGGAGAGAAGCCGUACCAAUGCCAGGAAUGUGGGAAGCGCUUUUCGGGAAGUUCCACGCUGGCUAACCACCGUCGUACCCACACGGGUGAGAAACCCUACGGUUGUGUUGAGUGUGGCAAGAGGUUCACCCAUCACUCCAAUCUGGUGGACCACUGGCGGGUGCACACGGGGGAAAAGCCCUACGUGUGCACCGAGUGCGGGAAGAGCUUUCGGCUCAGCUCGCACAUCAUUCGCCACCGUCGCACUCAUGCCAAUGCUCGCAGCUCCAGCAUGAGCCAUGGCCUUCUCUGUGAGGUUGACCCAACUUUUGAUGAGGGCAGCAUUGAAGGCCACCAUGAUGGAAGCAUUGGGAUCCCGUGCAUAACUGGUCUUGAUACUUUGUGUGCUAAUACCAAUGUUACCAAUGGCAAUAAUAGCUCUGAUGAAGAAGAAGGCGACCGGCUUCUUAUUUGCGGCCACUGUGGUAAAGGUUUUCACCUGGAGCCUAGUCCCCGAAAAGCCAACCAAAAUGACUUGGCUCUGGGGGAAGGGCCUUAUAGUUGUACUGAGUGUGGUAAUAGUUGUUGGACGUAGCUGGUUUCUUAAGAUCCAAAUGCAAAGCCCAAUAUGUAAGAGAAAAUUAUUGAUCUGUCAAUAACAAAUUGAGACAUAGAUUAGGUCAGGGAGCAAUUCUGAUUCCUAAUGGGCUUGAUCUUGAGUUGGCCUUGAAUUGGCUUCUCCAAAUUCCUUUCCUUAGUUUUGGUGUGAAAUUUAGGGUCAGUAUUUUUCAAUCUUGGCAACUUUAAGAAGUGACGUCCACAGGUUUUAAAGUUGCCACAGUUGAGAAACAAUGAUCUAAGUAAAAGGGUGGAUUUCUCUGUUCAGCUUUCUUUUCUGACAGAGAAAGUUAAAAUGGCUGAAUGAGUACAAUAGAGUAGAGAGGCCUGUUGGGGCUUGUCCAAUUGAGCCAAAAGUAAACAAAUAAACAAAAGUCUGGGUUUGUAUCAGUCUCUCUCCUCACCUCAAUUAUUCAGGAGCUUCUAGAGUAGCUGAAAAAGUGAAGGAUGAUAUGGAUGUAACCUAGGACACUACAAUGACAAAGAAGUGGAGAGGAGACUUUUUAACACCUGUCCCUUGAUCCUGGGAAAUAAUUUGCUUUCUAAUAGUGGCUGAUGUUUGAUUGCAAAGCAACAAAAGCUACGCACCUGCAGAAAUUCCAGGUGGAUGAAGCAAGGUUUUGCUGAGCCACGGGGCAAGAAUCUGAUCACUGAAGCAAGCUUAUUUAGUUAGCAUGCAUAUAGAAUUUUUACCUGUCCUGGGGCUUUAUAUUUAGGUCCAUGUUUAGCUUUGUACAGGAGACACAAAAUGUCCCAAGAUUGCACUUGUUUUCUCCAAUACUUCGGUUAAGCUCCAAUGCUCCGAAGAACAGCCUUACAAAUUUUCUACUAUGGAGACUGUUUGAAAGGCUAUGCUUGUUCUGCUUGGAUAAAAGUUAAAAACGGUAUCUUAAGAAAAAUGCACACUAGGCUAACCUGAAUAAAUUGUGCCAAUUAAGCCUGUUGUACAAGGCUGCUUGCUGUGUGUUAUUUAGCCUGUUUCCCCAACCCCCCUCCAGGUAAGGCGAGUAUCUCUAUAAAUGGGAAGCUUUGAGUCAUGAACAUUGCAAGUCUUGAUUAUCUCCUUAGUUAACUUGGUCUCAGCAGGCACCAGCUUACACAGUAUAGUAGCAGCCAUACAGGGAGUCCUCGAUGUAGAACCAGAAUUGAGAUCAGAAUGCUAAGCAAGAUGGUUGUUAAGUGAGUGGCAUCUGAUUUUUGUGACCUUUUUGCCGUUGUUGUUUAAGCAAAUCACCACAGUUGUUGAAUGAAUCGUGCAAUCGUUACGUUAAGAGAGCUUCUUCUAUUGACUUUGUCAGAAGGAAAGGUCACAAAUGGCGAUCAUGUGACCCUGGGUCACUUUGAUUAUUGUAAAUACCUGCUGGUUGCCAAACACCUACAUUUUGGCCAUGCAAUUGUGGGAUGCCGCAAUGGUCAUAAGUGUGAGGACCAGUCAUAAAUCAGGUCUUUUGAGUGCCAUUGUGACUGAAUGGCCACUAAACAAAUGGUUAUAAGUCAAGGACUACUGUAGUUUAUUUUAUCUGAAUUUAUUGAAGAAAACAAUUCAGCUGAUUAAUACAACAUAUUGCUUGAAAACCACAAAAGCUCAUGAGACUUGAGUGAGUAGCCAUGGAACAGACUGUUCUGCAUCAUCAGUAGGGCUAUAAAUGGUGAAUAUGUUUGAACCAAUCUUUCUUAAGCUCAGUAACGUUAAAAUGUAUGGACUUCAACUCUCAUAAUUCCCCCAGCUACCAUUAUGUUAUGCCAAAGGUGGUUUUUCAAGACAACUGGACUUUCUUGUUAUUCUUUGAAGACCUUUCACUUCUGAUUCAAGAAGCUUCUUCAGAUCUGACUGGAUGGUGGAGAAAGGAAGGAUUUAUAUUCCUUGCAGAUAGCUGGUCACUUGCAUUCUUUUAGAGAGAGUCAUUGAGGCCACUUGGAGGUUUAUCUGUGUCCUCAGGGUCACCUGAGUAGUGCAAAUGGGUGUGGAGCCUUCUUGGAACUGCUGAAAGGACUGUGUUGUAGAUGGAGAUAGAUGAUGUUGUAUCCCUUCCCCUCUUAUUGAGAGGGCUGUUCAAAUUUCACAUUAACGGCCUCUUUGAAUACUAUUAUGUUAAGAAUCUCUGAGUUAUGUAGAAUGCCAAUACUUAAAAAGGUAGCUGUAAUAUUUUUUUUCUGCUUCUAAUUAUAAUGCCCACUAUAUUUUCUGCUAUCCCAUGUAGCAAAAUAGGUUGUGUAUUUAUGUAUAUUAAAUUUCUUUCCUGUGGCUAUCAUUAUAUAGUCUCCCACAGUGAUAUAAAGAAAAACACUCCUACAGUGUAAAUUCAAAAGCCAGCAUAGUGUAUAAUAGCAGUUUAAAAUAAUAAACACAAGAGAAAGAGUGGCAUAAGGCACUUCACAAUUAUUUAAAAAGUUUAGAAUCAUAUUUGGUUAGAAAAACACCUUUCCUGAAUCAGAACAAAGGAGCACACAGUUUGGGAGGAGGGGCCAUUCCAGAAUCUACUUAAAAGGAUCCAUAAUAUUUGUCAGCAAAGAGUUUCAGAUGAAAACUGAAAUGAGUAGAGAGCACCAGGUGAAUACAACAUGUGAGCUUUACAGAAAAGUACCAAAAUUCUGAAAUUAUCAAAGCAGAAAUGGGUCACAGAAUCAUUUUCAAAUCAAGUAAAAUACAAAGCUAACAAUUGAUUCCAAAAUGACAAUAAAGUAGGCAGACACAAAUAAAACUGUUUAUUAGAUUUGUUUGCCAACCAUCUUGGCAAACUCCCAGAGGCGACUCUGGGCAGCUUACAAACAUUAAAACAUACAUAUAGGUGGCUCUCAAUUUACAACCAUUUGUUUAGUGACUGAUUAAAGUUGCGAUGGCACUUCUCCAAGUGAGCAAAAAAUGAAUAAAGUGCUAAGGUAAUCAAAAUAAUUCAGUAAUUCCAUCUUUCCCUUAUUGCUUUUUUUCCAAAUAACUUUUGUGAAAUGAUAGAAUUGGAAAACAUGAAGGUACCAUUUUUCAGAUUAAGACAAAAGAUUCUAAAUUGGUUUACAAGUAAGAGAGUCUGGUUCCUCAAGCUUACUUUCUUGUAAAAAAUGCAACAAAAAGAUUUUGGAAGAAGGAAGACAAACACUAUUAAAGGCACAAUAUAUAAAAUAACAGUUUUGUUUCUGAACAAGCAAAGGCCAUGUUUGUAUCUUGGUUGCACUGCACAAGCCUUAGGCUAUGCUUGGGUGAUAUUUAUAUAAGUAGCUGCUUUACUUCAUUAAGAUGUGUCCUAAAAAUAAUACAAAUGCAAAUAAUAUAUUGUAAGAACAACAAAUACAUGCCUGUGGUAGUAAUUCAUUAUAUAACUGAUGUUUUUUUUUUAAAUUAGUUGGCUUAAAGGAAAAAGAAGCCUCAGUGGAAAUAAUCUAUGUUACAAGAACCUCACUAAAGUAAAUGAUGCAAAUUCUA